UGCUGGGCACCAGCUCGAGGAUGAUGAGAGUGGUCUGGCAUCCCUCCAACAACCUCGCCAAGGCUGCCGUUCGCUAUGCAUCGCAUGCUGCCUCGCCCUCAAGCGGCGCUGCUGGAUUUGCGACCUCGGAUCCUAUGGCCGAGAAGGCGCAAGAGUGGUUCGAGCACGGCCACAAGCUCUGGAACGAGGGAGACUGUGCCGGUGCCCUGGAGGCCUAUGAAAAGUCGGUCUUUUCCAAGCCUACUGGCGAUGGCUACUACAAUGUGGCCAACUGCUACUACUCGCUCGGCAAGCACGAGAAGGCCAUCUCGGCCUGGAAGCGCUCGCUGGAGAUGUCCCCGCGAGCAGAUGCCCAUGUGAACCUGGCCAACGUCUUUGCCCUCGUCAUGAAGGACGCUGACCAGGCUGUCUUUCAUUACAAGGAGGCUCUCUUGAUCGAGCCUCUUGACGGCGAGAUCCACUAUAACUAUGCCGUCGUUCUGGAUUCCCUUGGACGUAUCACCGAGGCCAUCGAGGAGUACCAGCUUGCCCAGCGCGCGGGCAUCGAUGCUUCCAAAAAUCUGAGAAACGCCCAGGCCAAGCUCAAGGCCCAGGAGCUCAAGGACCAGGAGCCCGACGACAAAAAAUAGUCUUGUGUUGACUCGAGCCAUACACGCAUCUCGGUCGGCGAGUCGAUCAUCCACAUUCAACUGCAUCUGCACUUUCUCGUUCCCCCGCUCGUCGGCCUUUGGUCCAGUCGCCGCACACCCUUCCACCUCCGCAUGGUCCAGCAGAACAUUUGCUGUCGCGCUCAUUCUGCAUCUUGUCCGACAUCGCGACGCUUUGACAACAUCCUUCGAAUUCCAAUAUAAUCUGUGCACUGAGCCUUCAUACUGU